AUGCCCUCAACUCACAAGUGUCCAGGGUGUGGGUGCACUUUUGAUGACAGUCGAUCCCUCUCUAUACACAAACAAUACUGUAAAAAGGUCAUUGGUGCUGCCUCUGAUACACUCAAGAAACGAUGCCACAAUAUCGAAGUCCAGCAAGCUGCAAAGGUUCAGCGCCAAGAAGAGGAAGAAGAUGCUCAACGUAGGCGAGAAGAGAUUCAAGAGAGUACUGCUGAAGUUGAGGAUAAUAUGCCUGCUGCAAGCCCUUCACCUCCUCCAUUAUGUCCUUCUGGGAGGCCAGGCCGUCAUACUCACUUGCCCAAGCACUUCCAUGAUGAACAGCCUCCCCUUGUGGCUGUCAUUCCCCCGCAGCCCCCUGAUGACGAACUUCAAGUGGAACCAGCUGAUCCUAUCCCUCUAGCAGACGCAGAUGAUUCUACCAUACACACUGAUCCCAACCACUACGGCAUCUAUCGCACUUAUCACAGCAAUCACACUACUCACAGUCCAGAUGAUCUGGUGUCCCUGGCAUCUAUAUCUGAUGCAUUCACAUUCGAGUACUUUACAGAGUUCUCUUCUUGUUGUGUUUCCCACAACUGGAGCCCACCGCGAGGGGGCCAUUUGAAGCUGGAAGGCACACCGCCUAGACCUACCGAGACCCGAAAACCUCGCGACCUUAGCGACAUUUCACAAGAAGAUUUUUUCUACUCAGUAAUAGAUUCCACCAACGAAGAAGUUGAGCACGCUGCAUUCGACUCGCGAUCCCGCUCAUCUUCGGAAGCUACUGUUAUCCGCCAUCUCACUCCUGAUUUCAAAGAAGAGGAAGAACCCCUUGGACAAUUAACAUCACAUUACCUUCCGCUCCCUCGAGUUCCGUUUGUUACUGUAGACACUCCCUCCACCGCAUCAUCACUCACCCCCUCUACUCCGUCUCGCGACGAUUCACCCGAAAGGCAGAACCUUUUCGUACCCACCUCCUUCAUACCUAGCUCUAUCCCGUCUCCACAAAAGCGACUAAGCACUCUCCUGCCGUCCAUACCCGACCCCGCUAUUCAUACCGCGUCUUCCUCGACAGCACCAAUUACUACCGCCCUUCCUCCAGUCGUGCAACCCGCCCUUUUUGCUCAACCCAUCCAACCCACCAUCAUGUCUUCUGCACCAUUCAAGAUGCCUCUUAGAGGAACUGACGCCGCGCCAAAAUUCAAUGGCACCCCAACGCACCUCAUACCAUUUUUUGAAGAUGUGGAAUUACUUGCUGACUAUGCAGGACUUACCGUUAAGCAGCGCAUCAAAGCUGCGAUCCGAUACGCGCCCAUAGACGAGUCGGAAACAUGGGCAUCAAGACCUGCUGCGAAAGGUAAAGAUUGGGACAAGUUUGUCAAUGCCAUCAAGGCUAUGUACCCAGGAUGCGAAGGCGAUCAUCGCUAUGCGCGCACUGAUUUAGAAAACCUUUGCAAGGAACAGGUCCGCAAACCAAUUUGCUCGAAGGAAGAACUGGGACAGUUCUACUGCAAGUUCCUUCACGUUUCACAAUACCUCCUAGACAAGAGUAGGAUAGCGGAACUCGAGCUCGGUCGCUACUUUUUAGAAGGUAUCCAUUCCAUGGCCAACACUGCCAUCAAGCGAAGGUUAGAGAUCAAGCUAGUCGACCAUCAUCCCGACGACCCAUACACCUUGGAAGAAGUAUACGAUGCUGCGGUAUUCCUGCUACCCAGUAUCGCGCCUAUGGCAGUUGCUGCUUCACCUCCUGUCGUACCCGCAACUAACCAGCAAACCGCACCUCAGCAACCCGCCACCGGAACUGUGGUAAAGCGGGAGUAUAGCCAGAUGCGACCUCCCUCCAACAACGCAUGUUACUUCUGCGGAGGAGAUCACUACACGAACUGCUGCGCUUUAUGUGACCAAUAUGCCAGCGAGGGUAAAAUCCACAUCACGCCAGAAAAGAGGAUUGUUAUGCCCUACGGUAGCAACAUCCCGGGAAGGCUCUCUGAUGGGAAUUUCAAGGAGCGCAUAGACAGAUUCCUGCGCGAUGGACCAACUACAGGUUCUAACUCGACAGUGCUAGGGUUGAUGUAUUGUCGCACUGAGCCAACCACUCAAGCGACUCUGGAUAUCAAGCCUUGCGCAUUUAUGCACACAUGCGCCAGUGUAGAGGAUAGUGAUUCCGACGACGAAGAAUUAGCCCGCCUGGAGGCAGAAGCAACACGAGCCCGCAACGCAUUUGCAGCAGUGAAAGCGGAUUGCGCUAACCGCAAGGACAAGGGUAAGAAUGACCAUCUUCCAAGACUACCGACGCAGUGGAAGAAGUCGCAUCUCCGCAGGUUCAAGGCAUCUGGAUCGAAGACCGCCAGCGCGCCUAACAAAGGUACAAUAGUGGUGACGCCAGCAAGCUCAUCAUCCGCACCUAGUACUUCAUCCUCAUCAUCGCUACCCACGACCUCUUCUUCAUCCUAUGAUCCACCUACCGCUAAUCCCUCCUCUACGCAGUUUAGGUAUACCCACCCACUAGAAGAUAAGGAAGCCAACAAAAAGGUUAUCAAUCGGAUGCUAGACUCCAGCAUCAGCAUACCCAUGCGGGAGUUGAUUGCAGUAUCCACCGACGUCCGCAAGGUGCUCAAGGAAAUGACUACCACCAAGCGUGUCACUGUCGGGUCAGGUAUCAGUGAACGAGCUGAGUGGCCAACCCGAAAUGCAUGA